GCGUUAGCUCAGUCAGAGAGGCCGGGUUACCUCUGGAGGAACCGCCGCGCUGUCCGUGCCCCGGAGCGGCCGGGUUACCUCAGGGGGAGCGGCCGGGUGACCUCAGCAGGAGCAGCCGCGCUGUCAGCCGGAGCGGCCGCCCAUGCCCCGGCACUGGGUCCCCGACUGUGGCCCCGGAGCAGUCUGGUGGCCGGAUUCUCCAGGAAGAGACGUUUGGAAGCAGUGAGAAAGGAGCCUUUCCAUUCGGGGCACUGAGCGGGACACUGCUGGAGAUGGGGAAUGGAUUCUCGGACCAAACUUCCAUCUUGGCCAGCCUGCCCUCCUUCCAGUCCUUCCACAUCGUCAUCCUGGGCUUGGACUGCGCAGGCAAGACCACAGUCUUGUACCGACUGCAGUUCAACGAAUUUGUAAACACUGUCCCCACGAAAGGAUUUAACACAGAGAAAAUCAAGGUAACCUUAGGCAACUCCAAGACUGUCACUUUUCACUUUUGGGAUGUAGGUGGUCAGGAGAAAUUAAGGCCAUUGUGGAAGUCCUACACCAGGUGCACAGAUGGCAUCGUGUUCGUUGUGGACUCGGUGGACGUAGAAAGGAUGGAGGAGGCGAAAACUGAACUGCAUAAAAUCACUAGGAUAUCAGAAAAUCAAGGGGUCCCUGUGCUUAUUGUCGCUAACAAACAAGAUCUGAGGAACUCGCUGUCGCUCUCGGAAAUUGAGAAGUUGUUAGCGAUGGGGGAACUGAGCUCGUCCACUCCGUGGUACCUGCAGCCCACGUGUGCCAUCAUUGGAGACGGAUUAAAGGAAGGACUUGAGAAACUACACGAGAUGAUCCUCAAAAGGAGGAAGAUGCUGCGACAACAGAAGAAGAAAAGAUGAAUAGCUUUUGUAUGUAUAUGGAGCAGGCUUGCCCUGAUCUGAUUUGGACACGCGGAAGCAUCCAUGUCCACAGCCUGGUUUGCCACCUGCCCUGGAUGCUACUUAAAGCUUUGUUUUGUUGAACAAUCAGAUGCCCAACUCCGUUGCCUUGUGGAAUAUGAAUAAAUGCAGUGCUUCUUAGAGUGGUCUCUUGCUGCCUUCCCCCCAAAUCUUUUGGUACUACCAUUUUUGGGAAGCCAAGCAAGGGUAGUAAACCGACCACAAAAUAGUUGUGGAAAUUGAUGUGAAAUUAGUCAAAGAAAACUGGGAAGAAUGUCUACUUAGUGUUUUGUGCUAGUGUUCUUCUGGGAGAAGGCUUUGCAAGAAAUUGCAUUCAGGGCUAUAUAAAGAUGCAAAACAAAUGAAUGGAAAUGUUAACUAGGUUAAUAAAAUACAUGCUUGUAUCGAUCCCAUUGGCCCAACCAGUUCUUAACCUAAGCAAUGAAAGGAAGCAUUUGCUUUUCUAAAAUUUUGACCAGAUGAUUUUUGAUAUUUGCUGGAAUCUCAUCCUCUUCAUUCUAGACAAUAUUAAGUUGGUCUAACUUUGAUGAAGAGGAUUCAGGUGCAUGAAUUAACUCUCCUGGCUAAGCAUGUUUUGGUGUGUAGUUUCUUUAGAAAUAGCUAUACAUCUUUUAAUACAGUUUAAAACAACAUUUUGGGGCUGUAGGGCUGUUACAGUUUAUCAGAAGCACUUUCACUUGGAAAACCUAAAAUUGUUGACUCAUGUAAUAAAUAAGGUUAUGUGGAUUUCUGUGGUCACAGAUGUACAUGGUUGGGUACAUGUAAGGGUUUAUGAAGAAAUCAGUUGAUGAAUCAGCCAAAAGACUAAUUACCAUACAUGAUCUCAAAAUUAGUCCAAUUGGAGAAUAUAUGUUUUAUUAAUACCUGCUGCCUGAAAACAGAUGCAGUUUUCAUAUAUUUUUGUAGUAUCUUAGGAGGAACAAAAGCUUUAUAAACAACACGUGAUACAUUAUGAAAUGAAAAUGGAAAAGACACCGAAUCUGUAUUCUGAGCUUUAAUGUUUUGUUUACAAACCAAGUGGUGUUCCGUGGGCUUUCCAGUCUGGAUUAUGGAAAGGAAGGAUGCUAUUACUGCAGAUAAGAAUUAUGAUGGUGGCAAAGGAGGAGGAAGUGACAGAGCUGUCUGAAAACUCUGGUGCUGUUUACAUUGUGAUGCUAACUAGAUCAAAGGUCUUCAAUUCCUACCUACAGAGACUUCCUAGGAUAACCCAUUAACAUGGAUGUUUCCUGCAAGUACAUGUAGUCAACAACUGUUUGGCAAGUCACGACAAGAAAUGCACUUUGUUAGCUAAGGUUUUUUUUUUUUUUUCCUGAUUGGUUUCUUUUUUGCUUUUUUUGUUUUUCUGUGGUGGCACUGGCAUAACCAAGUUUUUAGAACUUUGAUUCUUAUCCAUGCAAAAUGAAGUAGCUUUCUAUAAAGCUUUCUUACGUAAUUGUACCUGCACUAGUCUUGGUCACUUAGAAUGUUUAUAUUUAUACAAACCUAGAUAAUAACUACCAAUAAAUUACUUGAGAAAUGA